CCUCUUGACUCGGGAAGUACUCGCGCUGUCAUCGUAGUCGCCUGAACUAACGGUGCAUGCUACAGUCGGGCAAAGCCAUCGUCGACCAGGCGACAGCAGGAGCAUCGUCACCAGCAUGGCAGUGCCCCUACCUCCCUGCGUGAUUGACUGUGGGACAGGGUACACCAAGAUUGGAUAUGCUGGAAACACAGAGCCCCAGUUUAUUAUGCCGUCAUGCAUAGCCAUCAGGGAGCAAGCGGCUGUUGGAGACCAGGCUCAGCGGCGCCUGGUGAAAGGGGUGGAUGACUUGGACUUCUUCAUCGGAGACGAGGGCAUAGACAAGCCCAACUAUGCAACUAAGUGGCCAAUCAGACAUGGCAUCAUAGAGGACUGGGACCUCAUGGAGAAGUUUAUGGAGCAAAUCAUCUUCAAGUACCUGCGGGCCGAGCCUGAGGACCACAACUUCCUCAUGACAGAGCCUCCCCUGAACACUCCAGAGAACAGGGAGUAUUUGGCGGAGAUCAUGUUUGAAACCUUCAACGUGCCUGGACUCUACAUCGCCGUGCAGGCAGUGCUUGCUCUGGCCGCCUCGUGGACGUCACGGCAGGUCGGAGAGCGUACGCUGACAGGCAUCGUGAUUGACAGCGGAGACGGAGUAACUCACGCCAUCCCAGUGGCAGAGGGCUAUGUGAUUGGCAGCUGUAUUAAGCACGUCCCCAUCGCAGGCCGUGACAUCACCUUCUUCAUCCAGCAGCUGCUGAGAGACAGGGAGGUGGGCAUCCCCCCAGAGCAGUCACUGGAGACCGCCAAAGCUGUGAAGGAACGUUUCUGCUACAUCUGUCCUGACAUCGUGAAGGAGUUCAACAAGUACGACACUGACCCGGGGAAGUGGAUCAAGAAGUACAAGGGUAUCAACUCCAUCACCAAGAAUGAGUUCCAUAUCGACGUGGGCUAUGAACGCUUCCUGGGGCCAGAAAUCUUCUUUCAUCCUGAGUUUGCUAACCCGGAUUUCAUGCAGCCGAUUUCAGACGUGGUGGACGAGGUCAUCCAGAACUGCCCCAUCGAUGUGCGGCGACCCCUGUACAAGAACAUCGUCCUCUCGGGAGGUUCCACCAUGUUCCGCGACUUUGGCCGGCGACUCCAGCGAGACCUGAAGCGUGUGGUGGACGGCCGACUGCGCCUGAGCGAGGAGCUGAGCGGGGGUAGAAUAAAGCCCAAGCCUCUGGAGGUGCAGGUCAUCAGUCACCACAUGCAGCGCUACGCCGUUUGGUUCGGAGGCUCCAUGCUGGCCUCAACCCCUGAGUUCUUCCAAGUGUGCCACUCCAAGAAGGACUACGAGGAAUACGGGCCCAGCAUCUGCCGCCACAACCCUGUCUUUGGCAUCAUGUCCUAACGCCCACGCAGACCAGGACACACACACACACACACACACACACACACACACACACACACACACACACACACACACACACACACACACACACACACACACACACACACACAGACCAGGACACACACACACACACACACACAGGGACAGACAGACAGACAGACACACACACACACACACACACACACACACACACACACACACACACACACACACACACACACACACACACACACACACACACACACACACACACACACACACACACACACACAACCCUGUCUUUGGCAUCAUGUCAUAACGCCCACGCAGACCAGGACACACACACACACACACACACACACACACACACACACACACACACACACACACACACACAUGCACACAUGCACGCACGCACACACCUGCAAGACCUGUAUCACAUCAUCAUCUGAGUGGUUCCUUCCCUUCCCAUUCUUCGACAGUCUCGAAGCACAGCAGACCGAAUGCCACGCAUAUAUAUAUAUUCAAACCCAACCACUGAGGACUGAGAAUGAGUUUUCAAAGGUUUUGCACAAGAGCUGGAUGAGUUGUUGGAUUCAGGAGAGAGAUAGAGAAAGAGAAAGAAAGAAACUGACGGAACGAAGAGGUAGCACACACUGAAUGUUCAAUGUUGUAAACACAACUUCAAGGGCAGGACACAAAUGAAAACAAAACAAGGCAAGACCCAAAAACAUUACACCCACACUGACAGACAGACAGACAGGCACACACACACACACACACACACACACACACACACACACACACACACACACACACACACACACACACACACACACACACACACACACACACACACACACACACACACACACACACAGUACACACUUGCACAGAGACACGCGGGGCUGGAGAUGAAUAGAAGUUACUUCAGGGGAAGCCAUAGACUGAUGGCUGCUGUCUUGCAUCAGUUUACUCUCUUUGGUCUUGGGUCUUAGGGGGGGGUAUUCCAAGAAGCCGGCUCAGUUCCAAACCAGAUUAAGCUUACCAGGAAGUAAGAGAUAAAUCAGCUAAUAAAAGACCCUUGAGUCCUUGUUUUCUUAGCGAGUCCGCCUUUUUCGCAAUGAGGUCAAAAUGUUCCAUUUUGAUGUAUAAACGAGUACAGGUUUCAGUCCGAAAAUCAUAACAGAGCUGUGUAGGUUUAUGUCUAUGCCACCAGAUGUGACUUAAACCCGCUUCGAAUGCAUCAAAUUGAAGGUGUCUGACGUCAUGAGAAAAAGGCCCAUUAGCCUCUCACUGUGAUAUCACACAAGUUCCUUUUUGAAGCAAAGCAUUUAUACACAACCACUGGGGCCUAUACUACAAAACAGGU